AUGAUAACUGCCGAAAAUUUGAAUAGCACAAUAAAACAGUCAUCUGGAAAUGAGUUAAAUUGUACGACUAGAGAAUGUGUGAAAGAUAAUUUGGAAUACGAACUGGCUUUGCUAUAUAAUAUGAACGCGAGCGUUGACCCCUGUGACAAUUUUUAUGAAUUCGCUUGUGGUAAUUUUGAUAACGUUCCCGCAGAUGAUUUACAGCCUGCAAGCCAUGAUUUUGCAAACUCGAAACCCAGUUCAUACUAUGAAACUUAUAAAUUGAUGAAGCGCCAACAUCGAGUGGACUCACCCAAGCAAUUGAAUUUCGUAAAAGAUUUCGUCACCUCUUGUAGAAAUUUGAACCGCAAUAACAAUGAUAAGUAUCCUGGAAUUAAAAAAGACAACUUAGUAUAUUUAUUUGAAAUAAUAUCCAAAUUGGGUGGAUGGCCUGUUAUCGAUGGCCAUGAAUGGAACAGCACUGACUUUAAUUGGGCUGACUUAGUAUACAAAUCAAACAGUUUUGGUGCCUUUUCAAAUCAUUUCAUAAGAUUAUAUCACUCACUAAAAAAAAGAACACGAAUUUCUAUGCAUUUACCGAAUGUCGAAUUUUCAUACAAAGAGAUAGAAAAUUAUCGGAAUAAUUCAAUAAUUAAUGCUUACCAUAAAUACAUGGUUGAUGUUGCUAAAGUUCUUGGAGCCAAUGAAACACUCGCGAAAAUAGAACUCAUGGAAUCAUUAGAACUUGAAUUGAAACUCAUAAACAUCAGCAGUAAUAAUGAUGUAUCGUCAAAAAAUGUAGAUAACACCAAAGCAAUGUCGGUAAAGGAAAUAAAAGAUAAAUGGCCAAGUAUUGAAUGGGAGAAAUUGUUAACUUUGGAAAUGAAAGCGCAGAAAAAAUUUCAUUUAUCAAAUGAAUCGAUAAUUUUCAUAGAAAAUCAUCAUUAUAUAACUGAAUUGGAAAAAUUAAUGAACGAAACUCCUAAAAGAGUGCAAGCCAAUUAUGCUGCAUGGAAGACUAUUCAACCUUUGAUCAAAUUUGUCGAAUCUAUAACUUUACAUAAGCUUUGGUUUGAUUAUUCUACUAUUAGAAGCCCAUCAACUGCCUUUCGUAAUAUUAAUUGUUUCAGAUCACUUGGAAAUUUACUGCCAGAUCUGCUGCUCUUUUACUAUAUCCGCCAUCAUCCGAUCGAUGAACGUGUCAGAAGUUAUGCGAAUCAGAUAAUUGUAGAUGUGAAAAAAAAAUAUUUAGAUAUUUUAAAUAGUACUAAUUGGUUGGAUGUUAAGACCAAAGACAAACUAACGACGGAUAUUAAUUCUUCGAAAGUUAUUGCUGUGGCAUAA